AUACAGUUUCUGCACAACCCUUGUACAACAGCAUCUUCAAAACAACUGACAGGCAGGAAGAAAGGAAACAUCUCAAGAAACACUUCAACUAUUUUUUCAAUUUUCCCAUCAAGUCUAGAGGACACAGAACAAAAGAAUGGGAUCUGCUGGAGUUCAGAUUGUAUGUGUGGCCCUCGGGGUCCUCGGCUUGAUCGGGGCCAUCGUAUGCUGCGCUGUCCCGCGCUGGAAAGUGUCCUCCUUCUCGGGAUCCAACAUCGUGACUGCACAGAGCACUCAGGAGGGCCUGUGGACGAGCUGUGUGGUGCAGAGUACCGGCCAGCAGCAGUGCAAGAACUACGACUCCCUGCUUGUGUUGCCCUCUGACCUGCAGGCUGCCCGCGCCAUGACCAUCAUCGGCUGCAUGUUAAGCUGCCUCAGCAUCCUGAUACUGUUCUGCGGGGCCGACUUCACCACCUGCAUAGAGAACGAAGAUGCCAAGCCAAAGAUCAGCCUGGUAUCUGGGGUGGGCAUGAUGCUGGCCGGCCUCUUGGUCAUCAUCGCUGUCAGCUGGUCCGCCCACAUUGUCGUGCGAGACUUCAGAAACUCCCUGGUGCCUGCUGGCCAGAAGAAGGAGCUGGGAGCGUGUAUCUUUGUAGGUUGGGGGGCAGGCGUGCUACUCCUUCUGGCUGGAGGUCUGCUUUGCUGCUUCAGCAGGCCCAAAUCUGGCAGCUCCGGUGGAACCGCCAAGUACUACAACAACAGCCCUCCCUCCGCCCCCAAUAAAAACUAUGUGUAGUGGCUUUAAGAAGGGGACUGGUGUUUGACAGAAAAGAGGGGAGGGUGAUUUAGUAGGGGACAGACUGGCGAGCAUGAAGGUAGAUGACACCAAAUGUCUUUUAUAUUCAUUGUUAAGCUGGUGAUGUUUUGAAUCUUAAAUCUGUUUUACUAUCAGGUGCUGGGUUGUGUAUAAGCUGUUUGAGAGACAAUGGAAAACAAAUUGUAUGAUUGCUGUAAAUUACACAGACCUUAGAAGGAACUGUUUUACUUGGGUUGUUGGCCCUGACAUAUACAACAUCAACUAUGAUAUUGUAGAUGAAAUUGUUGCAUUGUCCUUAUUUUUAGUCAAACAUUUCACGUCAAAAUUGUCUUUAAAAAGAACCACACGUGUAAAGUAAAAUUCAAGAUUAUAAAAAUGUGUAAAGCCUAUUAGUUAGAAGAAGAAUCUGAAAGUCUAAGCUCAACAUUUAACUUUAAAAGAACCGUCCUGCCUUUUUUAGACGAGUGCUUUUAUCCUACAUAUGUUUAUAUUGCAUGUUUUAUCACUUGUCGGUUUCUAUUUAAUCUUUUGCUGCUUUUAUGAUUAUCAGAAAAAGCUGCUGUAGUUUCAGUAGGCCUCAGGGAGCAUCUGUGUGCACUUGUUUCUCUGAUGAUAAAUGUCCACAUGACAUUUCAAACAUUUUAUAUAACAUGUGUUGUUGCA